AAUAAUAAUAAUAAUAAUAAUAAUAAUAAUAAUAAUGAUAAUGAUGAUAGUAGCAAAGAAACAGGCAAUGUUAAAGUAGAGAGAAAGAAGAGUAUUAGAGAAAGAUAUUCAAAUAAAGUUUUAAAUUCAAAUAAUAUUGUAAAUAUAUCAACAACAACAACAGCUGAUUCAUGUGAUAGUGUAUUAUUACCAGACCCAUCGAUUCCAGAAAAUCAUUUAGAUUUAGUUGGUACAGCCACACCACCUCAAGCAUCGCCACCUUUAAAGCCACUCAACUAUGAUGAUGACGAUGAUGAUGACGACGACAAUGACGAUGAGGAGGAGGAUGAUGAUGACGAUGACAAUGACGAUCAAUAUAAACAUGAAAAUAAAAUUGUAAAUAAAGUGGGUUUUAUUUUAAUAUCAUUAUAA